CUUUAGUAUUUUUUUCACUUCAUUCAUAAACAAUACAUUUUAGAGAAAAAAGUGGGAAAAUAAUUAAAAAAAUAUUACAAUAAUUUAUGAACUCAUUUAAUUAUCAUGAAUUCAAAUACAUUAGUUAAUGGUAUUAGUGAAUCUCCAGUUUCUGGAGAAAUCAAACCCAUGGCCGAUAAACGUGAUUUGCUGGCUUUACUCAAACUCAUCAAGAAGUAUAAUCUUAAACAGACUGAGGAAUUGCUAUGCCAGGAGGCAAAUAUUAAGCCGGAUGAAUUGGAAGAAGUAGAUGAUAAAGAAAUUACCACGAUUUUAUCCACCGCCUUAGGGGAAAAUGUAGAAAAUACAAGUGGAGAAGGUAAACCAGGACCAGGAAGUGAUCCUGAAUUGUAUGAUGCUGCCUAUAGAGAUUUGCGUAAUUUUGUUGAUGAAUCCUUGGAUAUUUAUAAACAUGAAUUGUUUAUGGUCUUGUAUCCUAUACUAGUGCAAAUAUAUUUUAAGCUAGUAGCGGGUGGUUAUGCCAAGUCGGCUAGAGAGUUUGUGGAAAAAUAUGGACCCGACUUGGACUAUUAUUACAGGGAAGAUUUACAAAAUCUAUUGCUGAUAACCAAACGUUCAGAAAUGGAAAAUAAUGAUUGGUAUACCUCCAUGGAAACGGAUAAGUUUAUCAUACGCAUGUCCCGCGAUGCUCAUUCAUUAUUUAAACGUCAUAUCCAAGAUCGUAAGCAGGAGUUGGUGGCUGAUAUUGUGGCCAAGUAUUUACACUUUGAUACUUAUGAAGGCACUGCUAGAUCCAAAAUACAAUGUAAUGCUACCGCUGGUUCUUUAAUUGGUGAAUCGCGCCGACAGGAUAAUAAAAUAAGGGUCUAUUAUGGCUUAUUAAAGGAAGUAGAUUUUCAAUCUAUGACUACGCCCGCUCCCGCUGCUGUAGAAGAAGAAGAUGACAAUGAUCCUGAUGCCCCCGAUAAGCCCAAAAAGAAGAAACCUAAGAAAGAUCCUCUAUUUUCUAAAAAAUCCAAAUCAGAUCCAAAUGCGCCCUCCAUGGAUCGUAUUCCCUUGCCCGAGCUUAAAGAUGCUGAUAAAUUAGAAAAGCUUAAGGCCUUAAGAGAAGCCUCUAAACGUGUGGCACUUAAUAAAGAAUCAUUGCCCUCUAUAUGCUUAUACACAAUACUAAACUCCCACAAUAGUGUUACUUGUUCGGAAAUUUCUGAGGAUUCCUAUAUGAUGGCUGUGGGUUUUACAGAUUCCAGUAUAAAAGUAUGGUCUUUAACACCCUCCAAAUUGAGAGAAAUGAAAAAUGCUGAAAUGCUUAAAGAUAUCGAUAAAGAUGCCGAAGAUGUUUUAGUGCGCAUGAUGGAUGAUAGAACUGGUGAAUCGGCUAGAACAUUUUAUGGUCACAGUGGACCAGUCUACAGAUGUGCUUUUGCUCCAGAAAAAAAUAUGUUACUCUCCUGCUCAGAAGACACCACUAUUCGGCUGUGGUCCCUGCACACUUGGACGUGUAUAGUGGUUUUUAAGGGUCACUUGUUUCCUGUUUGGGAUGUCAGAUUUUCACCUCAUGGCUAUUAUUUUGCUUCUUGUUCAUAUGACAAAACGGUACGUCUUUGGGCUACGGAUUCUAAUCAACCAUUAAGAAUUUUUACGGGUCAUCUUUCCGACGUUGAUUGUGUGCAAUUCCAUCCCAAUUCCAACUAUAUAGCCAGUGGUUCUAGUGAUAGAACUGUUAGAUUAUGGGAUGUUUUAACCGGGCAACUGGUUCGUCUUAUGACUGGUCACAAGGGACAAAUAAAUGCUUUAUGUUUUUCCACAUGUGGCCGUUACUUGGCAUCAGGCUCCUCCGAUCAUCAUGUCCUAGUGUGGGAUUUAUCGCAUGGUCAAUUGGUUACCUCCUUGGUAAGACAUACUGGCUCCAUACAAACCAUGUGUUUCAGCAGAGACGGCACUGUUUUGGCAGUAGGCGGUCUUGACUGUUUCCUCACGUUAUGGGAUUUUACCAAAUUGACUGAAGACUAUAUAACACAAAGCACCAAUGCUUCGCACAAUCCUGAGAUUAGUGAAGGUGAUACUUACUUAUUGAGAGCUUUUCCCACCAAAUCAACACCUUUUAUGACAUUGCAUUUCACACGACGAAACUUACUCUUGGCUGUGGGCACCUUCAAAUCAUAAAUUUUAUUCUUAAGUUAAUAUUUUUCUUUUAAUUUUCUUUUUUAGUUUGUAAGUAAAUGUUCUUCAAUUCAUUUAUUCCCAAUAAAGAGUUAAGAUGUGUAAUUUAAAAAAAAGAUAAUAAAUGAUUU